ACAUUACUGCAGUGCUAAUUAGUGACUUUAAUUUGAGUGAUUCUUCCGAAGCCAAAAGUUCAGACUCUGUUCCUACUCUUAAUGUAUUGAAUACUAAUCAAAACUUUGCUGAAUUCGAUAAUACCAAUACUGUAAAUGAAAGUUUUAAAAUUAGUAUGACUCCUCAAACAUGCAAUUCCACUAAAUUAUCUGAAGAAGAUAAGACAGUAAAAAUCUGCGGUCUAGAUGAUAAUAAUGAUCUUGAUCGUGUUAUGGGCAAAAGUCAAUAUCAACCGGAAUUUAGUUCUGCUUGUGCUGGUGAAGAGAUUCUUAAUUCUAUCAAUGCUGAAUGCUCUUUACGUGAAGGGGAAAUUAAUCCUACAAUUUGUGGACAUAUUUCGAAUUAUUUCCGUAAGAAAAGAUCUUUAUUUAAACUAGUCGCUUAUUUAGAUGGUGUUUAUCGCAGACGUUUGUCUGAUGUUAAUACUUUGUCAGAAAACAAUGUGGAACUAGAAAUUAAUAUGUACAAGAGUUGGAUCUCGUCGUUAGAAAAAUUGACGGACGCUAUAUUCCGGAACUUAAAGCAAUUUCGCUUAGAUUUGGUUCAUCAAUUGGCACACGAAUUAUUACGUGUGGAAGGGAAGAAACAAGAACAGGAAAUAAUACGAAAAUGUAUACGGGAUACUGCUAAACUCAAUAAAAUCUAUGCAGAAGUACAAACUACAGGUCAAUGGCGUGUCGAUUUUGAUUUUGAGACUUCUGAUAAGAACGAUCUUUUGGAUCCUACUAAAGAAUGUAAAUUUGAGAAUUUAUUCUAAAUUAUAUCAAAUUUACUGAUACCGACUUAUUAGUCAUUAACAAAUUUUGCUUUAUAUAUAUUUA